CAACAUUGUAAUACACAUGUAAACAGCAAUUAAUCAUUCCGGUACACUUCACAUCGAAGCUGUUUCAUCUCGCGAAAGUUGUUUUUUUCUGUCGUUAUGCAGCUCUAAAGGCUAUCACUCUUCAUAGCAGUUCGCAAGACGCGCAUAUGUGAAUCUUUCAUGUGCAGGGCGUUUCUCAGUUCACCGCACGUAGCAGUUUCGGUUGUGCCCACCGUCGAGCCUGAAGGGGUUUGGUCGCGUCUUCAUGAAGACAAGUCGGAACCUUCGAAACGCCGAACAGUAUAUGUGUCCCCACAUGCCGCUCAAGUGUCUGUACAUUGAGUAAUAGUUCAUACUUAGCGAACCGGCUUGAACUCGCAGCCGGUUUCGAAGCGUCAAGAUGAGUGCCGUCACUGCGAUUCGACUCUACAUUGACAAGAUGAUAGAAGAAAGUGGGCCGGGAAUGAAAGUGUUGAUGAUGGACAAAGAAACCACGACCACUGUGAGUGUGGUGUACGCUCAGUCAGAAAUGCUGCUCAAGGAAGUCUAUCUUUUUGAGAGAAUUGACGUGUGCGCUGGCACUGAAGCCAUGAAGCAUAUGAAAUGCAUUGCAUUCCUGCGGCCGAUUCGAGAGAAUGUGGAGCUGCUCGUCCAAGAACUGAGAAAUCCUCGUUAUGGUCAAUACUACAUUUAUUUUAGCAACACAGUUAACCGCAGUGACAUCAAGGAGCUUGCGGAGGCUGAUGACCAGGAGUGCAUACAGGAAGUCAAGGAGUUUUUUGGGGACUAUGUGGCCUUGGCACCUCACCUAUUUUCAUUCAACCUUACUGGCUGCUUUCAGGGUCAGCGCUGGAGCACGGCUGCCUUUGAGAGGAGCGUUCAGGGUCUGGUGGCGCUGCUUCUGAGCCUGCGCAAGGCUCCAGUAGUGCGUUAUCAGUGCAACUCGGAGCCAGCUCGGCGGCUUGCUGAAGGCGUCUCGCAAUGGAUGAAACGGGAAGCCAAGCUCUUUGACUUCAGGAAACCGGAGGUGCCCCCAUUACUGCUAAUCUUGGACCGUAGAAGUGAUGUAGUGACGCCACUUCUAAAUCAGUGGACAUAUCAGGCAAUGGUUCAUGAGCUGCUAAAGAUUCAGAACAACCGAGUGAACCUUUCUCAAGUUCCUGGACUCUCACGAGACUUGCAGGACAUGGUGCUGUCAGAAGAUAAUGACGAGUUCUACAGCAAUAAUAUGUACAAGAACUUUGGUGAGAUUGGUUCCAACAUCAAGGACCUCAUGGAAGAAUUCCAAGCCAAGACUAAAAGUCACGAAAAAGUCGAGUCUAUAGCUGACAUGAAGGCAUUUGUGGAGCACUACCCUCAGUUCAAGAAGAUUCAGGGGACAGUGGCCAAACAUGUCACAUUGGUCGGAGAGCUGUCACGUCUAGUCGGUGCCCAUAGCCUACUGGAGGUGUCCGAGGUAGAGCAAGAAAUUGUGGCUACCAGGGACCACUCCGACCUUCUCAAGCGCGUGCGAAGUUUGAUUGGCAGCAGCAAAGUUCGUGACAUUGACUGCCUUCGGCUUGUCAUUCUAUAUGCCUUGCACUUCGAUAAACAUAGCAACAGUGACCUCAGCGGCCUGGUGCAUCUCCUGAAGAACAGAGGGAUCUCUGAAGCCCUUUUAAGAAUGAUACCCGCAGCGCUUGACUUUCAAGAACGCAAGCUCCAGCCUAAUGAUAAGUUCAGUGCUGAUAAUGUUCGUGCUUUUACAAAGAAAGUCAUCAAAGGUCUAAAGGGUGUGGAAAACAUUUACACACAACAUGUACCACUUGUCUAUGACAUACUGGAAGACUUGUUGCGAGGUCGGCUAAGAGACAACGCUUAUCCUCAAGCAUAUGCGCCAUCUGACAGUGGCAGCAUUCUACGCUACCAAGACAUAACGGUGUUCAUUGCGGGCGGAGUGACUUAUGAGGAAUCCCUCUCCAUAUACAAGCUCAAUGUAGCAAACUCUACAGUUCGUAUCAUGUUGGGGGGAACAUGUGUCCACAACUUCUCUAGCUUUCUGGAUGAACUUCGAGCUGCAUCUAGUGAAUAUACAAGGUCGGGAAGACGUCUGUAACAUUGACAUUCCACGUUUUGAAAGUAUGUCCUUCUGUCUAACUGGCAUUAGUGUAUGGCAUCUCACAAGAAGGACGUGGAAUUGAGCCUGGCGAGAUAUUUCUUGUGUAUUAGGAAGUGGUCUGAAGUGCUGCUAUGGAUGUGAAAAAACAUAUGUGGAAGUGGCACCCCCAGCACUUGUUAAAAGAGGAGUCUUUUUGACACCAGGAGCAACUUUGUUGAAUGUGUGUGAAUAUUGUAAAGUUCAUAUUGAGUGUAAGUGCAUACAAUUAAAUAUUGUAUAAAUGAGGACUGUUCUCAUUCUUCAAUGCAUGAGUUAAACUCUCGUAUAAGAUGAGAAUGGUUGAGGUAGUCUAAACAGUUCAUAGAGUUUAUAUUUGCGACCCUAUGGCUUCCCUGCCAUGCAUAAACAAGCGAGACUAAUAAAUCAUGUGUGAGGCAGUUGGCUAUUAUAGAGAGGAUCUAUACUUUCCAGCACCACCCUCUCGUUGCACUACCUAACACAGUGAAGGAUUGGUUCGUGAGUGUAGAAUGCAUUGACAUCCUUAUUAGCUCAGUGAUAGAGCGGCCACCAUACUUUUUAAUCUCUGUACUAGUAUACUCUAAAACAGCGUCUGGACAUGUUGAAAAAUUGCAUGAAGUUAUUUUAUUUUCAUUGGCAUCAUCAUUUGCAGGAGGGCUGUACUAUUACAUAAGGGGGUGUAGUGAAAAUACCUAUGAAGCAUGCCCUUGGAUAUUUCCACAUUCCAGGAAGCUAGCUCUGUGUGUAUUAUUUUGAUCUGAUUGUGUUUAUGUGGACUGUUUGGAACAUGUCAGUGGCAAAGCAAUGCACUUGCACAACAGAGCAAUAUGUACAGUUAGAAUAGUUAAAUUUUUCUGUGUGCUUUUGUGAAAUAGAAAUACAUAAUAU